CUGGAGGGACACACUGAUAGUGUCUAUUGUGUGCGCAUAGAUUCAAAACCUGGUAGCAGGGACCGAACCAUCAAAAUUUGGGAUGGUGAUAGUGGGAUGUGUCUUUGCACUCUUACAGGUCAUGAAGGCAGCGUACUUUGCAUGGACUUUGACGAAGAGGUGCUUUUGACUGGCAGUUCGGAUUCAAAUGUUUUCAUUUGGGAUUUGACCAAGAUCGAUCAAGGGAAGGAACCUACGAUCAUCAAAGUAUUAACAGAACAUACUGCCGGCGUAUUGGAUGUUAAUAUCUUUGAUCAUUAUGUUAUGACUUGCAGCAAGGAUGCUACUUGUCGAGUGUACGACCGUCAUGAUGAUUACAAGACCGUUCAUGUCUAUAGACGACACGGAGGUCCUGUCAACGCAGGCGGUAUUUCAUCUUUGGAUGGUGUCUUGCAUGCUGUCACGGCGAGUGGAGAAGGAAGUAUUCAAAUGUGGAAUUUGUUGACUGGCGAGCUGAUUCGAACAUUUGAUGGUCAUACCAAAGGUUUGGCAUGUGUCGAUAUUAUUGGUCAUACGGUGAUCAGUGGUAGUAGUGAUCAUACUGUACGUGUUUGGGAUGCUAAAACGGGAGAAUGUUUGGUUCGCUGUGAUGCACAUACGGAUUUGGUUAGAGCGAUUGCAUUUGAUGACGUUCGCAAGAUUCUCAUUUCGGCAGGAUAUGACGGUCAUGUAAAAUUGUUCGAUCUUCGAAGACAUCUUUUA